CCAGCAUGGCUUCAGGGGACCUUUACGAGGUAGAGAGGAUUGUAGACAAAAGGAAGAACAAGAAGGGCAAAUGGGAAUAUCUAAUCAGGUGGAAAGGCUAUGGAAGCAAUGAAGACACUUGGGAACCUGAACAUCAUCUACUACAUUGUGAGGAAUUUAUUGAUGAGUUCAAUGGACUACAUGUUACUAGAGAAAAGCGAUCAAGGCAUGGGAAGCAGGCCGGCGCUCCAAAAUUUUUACGGGAAAGCCGAGGGUCAUCUGUUGAGAAAAUAUCACAUAGACCUUCUGAAUCUGGGAAGUCUAAAGGGUCAACACACAAAAGGAAGAGAAUUAAUCCAUCUCUUCAAAAACAGAAAAGAGGAUAUGCAGCAAAGCCAGGAUCUGCUAAUGACAGGGCUGCUAAAACUGUGACUUACCGAACUACUCCCAGCGGUUUACAGAUCAUGCCACUGAAAAAGCCACAUAAUGGUCUGCAGAAUGGAGAUGGGAGUCAUGAGAAAGAUUCUAGACAUUUUGGGAAUGGCACACAACAGCAAAAUGUGGAUAUAAAUGAUCAUGAAGGAGAACAAAAUUUGCCCAGCGUGUUGGAAGUAAAUAAUGAUUCACCUGUUGUGAAUGGAAUUGGUUCAUCUCUGGCCAAUGGAAGCUUGAAUCUCCACAGCACUGUGAAAAGGAAACUAGAUGGGGAGAAAGAUUAUGUCUUCGAUAAGAGACUAAGAUACAGCGUGCGUCAAAAUGAAAGCAAUUGCCGGUUCAGGGACAUUGUAGUCCGGAAAGAAGACGGUUUCACACAUAUUUUGCUGUCGAGUCAGACUUCAGAUAACAAUGCACUGACCCCAGAGAUCAUGAAGGAAGUUCGGAGAGCAUUGUGCAAUGCAUCAGCUGAUGACAGUAAACUCUUACUUCUCAGCGCAGUGGGAAGUGUAUUCUGUAGUGGCCUAGAUUACUCAUAUUUAAUUGGCAGGUUAUCCAAUGACAGAAGAAAGGAAAGCACUAGGAUUGCAGAAGCUAUAAGGGAUUUUGUAAAAGCUUUUAUUCAAUUUAAGAAGCCAAUUGUGGUUGCUAUCAACGGCCCUGCUCUUGGGUUAGGAGCCUCUAUUUUACCACUAUGUGAUAUCGUUUGGGCAAGUGAAAAGGCUUGGUUUCAGACACCAUAUGCAACAAUCCGACUCACUCCAGCUGGCUGCUCAUCAUACACAUUCCCACAAAUUCUGGGUGUUGCACUGGCAAAUGAAAUGUUGUUCUGUGGGAGAAAGCUGACAGCACAGGAAGCCUGCAGCAGAGGACUAGUGUCACAAGUAUUUUGGCCAACAACGUUUAGCCAAGAAGUGAUGCUACGAGUGAAAGAAAUGGCAUCCUGCAGUGCAGUGGUAUUGGAAGAGUCCAAAUGUCUUGUGCGGAGCUUCCUGAAGUCUGGACUUGAAGAUGUGAAUGAGAAAGAGUGUCAGAUGUUAAAACAGCUGUGGAGUUCUUCCAAAGGACUGGAUUCAUUAUUCAGCUACUUGCAAGACAAAAUUUAUGAAGUCUGA